UCUGUUUUGAAGCAAAAGGGGGUCACAUAUAACUAAUUAAGUAACGAAAUCCGCUACACUCGAAAACCCUCAACUCCGAUCGAUAGUACAAAACCAGCUGCCAUGAAAGGCGAUCAUCCAUCACUUCUAGCUUCUAUCCUCCUGAUUUCAUCACUGUUACUCUCCACUUUUAUGCACGAUGCAAGAGCUGAAGUCAUAACCCUAACCGAAACUACCUUCUCCGACAAGGUUAAAGAGAAAGACACUGCUUGGUUUGUGAAGUUCUGCGUCCCUUGGUGCAAGCACUGUAAGAAUUUGGGUUCGUUGUGGGAGGAACUUGGAAAGACAAUGGAAGGGGAAGAUGAGAUAGAGGUCGGUGAAGUGGAUUGUGGUACUAAUAAACCUCUUUGUUCAAAGGUUAAGAUUGGAUCGUAUCCUUCUUUUAAAGUUUUCUACAAUGGUGAAGAAGUUGCCAGAUAUCGAGGUACAAGGGACGUUGAGUUGAUGAGAACAUUUGUUUUAGAAGAAACAGAAAAGGCAGCAGCCGCAGCAGUGGAUUCACAGCUAGAGGACGACAAAGAUUUAUGAUUUACUUUUCAGGUCAGGUCAUUUGAGCGCAGACACGGAUGGCAUUACUUGAUAGUUGUACAACCAUAUCGAGCUAAUAUUUUGAUAGAAAUGAUUUUCUUUAUUACCCAUUCCUGUUCUUUUGUGUUCCUAGUGUCAAUUGCAAGCACAGUUUUGUUGUGGUAUAAUGCAGAACUAGAUCUUUGUUUAUUUACCAAUUUGAAGUUGUGGGUGAAGAUUGAAUCUCGAAAUCAUGUAUUUUAGACAUUCUCAUGCAUUGUAUUUGUUGGACACGAUAGCCGGUGUGUCAUGGAGUUGCCGUUCCCGAUCCCGAGCUCGUCUAAUCUUACGCUUGAGUUAGUUUU